CCAUCCUACCACAUGAUGACGCAUGACGUUUACAGCGCUUACGAUUGGCUGAGCAGACCGAGACAGGUAGUGAAGUGCCAAUGGCCGGGGUCCAUGGACAAAAACAACAGACUUCAUAGUACUGUACCCCUGUGCAACACACUGGGUGACCACCACAAAUCCUUGUUGCAAUAUAUCCGGAACUGCACUGCAGUGUUGGAGAGCUGUCUUAGGAAGUCAAACAUGAGGCUGUGCUCUCCUCUUCUGCUCUGCCUGGUAACAGCAGCCCUGUCCACUGCCUUCCUGAUUUCACCUCCACACAUGUGGACCAAACUGAUCCUGACGCACCACUGGCCAAGCACCUUCUGUAGUAUGGAACAUCCAGCAUGUCAUCCCAACAUUAGCUACUGGACACUGCAUGGACUCUGGCCAGAUAAAGGGAUCGACUGCAAUUCAUCGUGGCAUUUCAAUUCUUCUCAAAUCGAGGACCUGCUUCUAGACAUGAAGAAGAGUUGGCCUGACUUGCGUAACCCCCUGUCUGCUGGAUUCUGGAAAUAUGAGUGGCACAAACAUGGUACAUGUGCAGCCAAAGCAGCUUCUCUGAAUAGUCAACAUAAAUACUUCAGCAAGGCACUGGAACUAUACCAUAAACUGGAUUUGGACAGCAUCCUAAAGAAGUUUGACAUCACCCCUUCAGAAAAAUACUACACAUUUUCACAAAUUGAAGGAGUCAUAGAGAACUUCUACGGCGUCACACCUAAGAUCCAGUGUGCCCAUUCAUCAAAGAAUGCUGAUGUCCAGAUUUUGGGGCAGAUUGAGAUCUGUUUCAGUCCUGACUUCACCCUCCUGGACUGCGAGAAACAGUUUACCAUGAAAUCAAUACCUAAGGGAGACGGGGACAACCCCAUGGCUGUUGACAAGGCAUCUGGGUUCAGUGUGUGUGACCAUGAUAUGCCAGUUUACUACCCACCUCUUACAUAAUACACAUACAUGUGCAAACUGAAAUGCAACGCACACUACAACCCUACUUAAACACACACAAAGACAAAUAACACUUUAUUUACCAGUCAACUGUACUGUAAUUUAGCAUGCAAACACUGAGUAACUAUAAUUAAAUUUUUCUCAGGCUUUCAGUAUAAACAUCAUAGCUUUAAUGAUAAUGUACAUCACAAAUAGCCUCACACAAUCAAUGCACAAACAUUUUUUUUGAACGGCAUGAAAAUUCUGGCUUUGACAGGUACUUGAAAAAAAAUUACUGGGUAUUGUUGUUUUCAUAUCCUACAAAAGCCAGGACACACACUCCUCUAUUACAUAGUGCUUUAAUAGAAUUGUGUUCCUUCCUGACCCUUAUCAGUAGAUGAAUCCGAGGGUCUACAUCUUUUAGACAGUGGCCAGCUAUCAUGUGUAACCUUCUGAUGUUUUCCAACAACAUAAGCAAUUGCUCAAUGAUAUGCUGUAGGCCUGGUUAGGUCUGUCUAUGUUGCUGAACAGGGACUGUUCACACAUCACACGUGUGAGCUUAAAACCAAUAGUGUACAUACAUUAUGCAUAGACAAGAAAGUAAAUAUAGUGUAGAGAGUAAAUGUUUCAGUUUCUUCUGCAUUGUUCAUUUUCAAACUCAAGACCUACCCCAAGUUCAUUAUGCACCAUUUUUGCGACACACGCUCUACGCCUGUACAGAUAAAAUGUUUGAUUUCAAAGGAUGUAGCAAAUGUUUUGGUAAACAUUAUUUAAUUCUCCAGUGAUUUGUACAAUGAUUUGUUUCUAUUGGUGCUGUCUGGCUUUUUUAUGCAUAGAUAAAUGAAUUCAGCAUGAGCAGAAAGGUAAAUGAUGGUGGACAAAUGCUGUGGUGUGAAAUGACUAGCAUGAACUUCUGUACUGUCACUUUUUCAAUGUCAAUAAAACAUUAAAUAUUAA